AUGGAAUCUCGACUAACAAAGGAUAAAGCUGAAGGUAUUUGUAGUAGGUGUGGUUUUUUUUAUGGAUGGGAGUACUCGAGAGAUGGACUAAGUGGAGGUCUUUUGCUUGCCUGGAUGCCAAAUCAGAAACUUCAAGUCACUUAUGCUUCAAAGCACCUAGUGCACACAAACAGGCUAGACAAUAAAGGUACUCCUCUUUCCAUUACCUUUGUUUAUGGUCAUCCUAUAUUAGCCAAAAGGGAGGAAGUUUGGUGGAAGCUUAAGGAAUUGAAAUUAUUAUCCCACCCCAAUUGGCUCUGUAUUGGGGAUUUUAACCAAGUUCUCAAUACUGAGGACAAAUUUUCUUUCACUCAGAGGUCAAUUCUAGGGGCAGAGUCUUUACAAAACCUUAUUUCUGAUUUAGCCCUAUGUGAUCUAGCAACAUUUGGUCAAAGGUUCACUUGGAUGAAUAGGAGAGAGGAGGGUCAUUUUGUUAUGGAGAGAAUUGAUAGGGCCUUUGCAAGUGUAGAUUGGAUUAACUCCUACCCUAAUUGCGCCCUUAGGAAUCUACCAAUAAUUAAAUCUGAUCAUGGCCUAAUUGUCCUAAACUUUGAUUUCCAACACUCUUUCCAUAGGAGACCCUUUAGAUUUGAGUAUAUGUGGACAUCUCAUCCUUUGUGCAAGGAUGCAGUGAAACAAGCUUGGGAUUAUAGGUCUAUUAGAUAUAGGGCUUGCCAAUUGAGGAAUAAACUAUCAAAUGUAAGGAAAACCUUCUUAAUCUGGAAUAAAGAAGUUUUUGGAAGAGUGGAACAGGAUAUCAAUCAUAAGAAAGAACAACUUAAAAUGUUACAAAAUUCCAUUCACAACUUGGAUGAUGUUAAGAAGGAGAAUGAGCUUAGGGAAGACCUGGAAACACUCAUGAAUAGGGAGGAAGUGAUGUGGUCACAAAAAACCAGAUGUAACUAG